AACAGUUGUUUACUGUCUAUUUACUUUUACAGAGGACAAGACGUACUAGCAGAAAUAAAGAUGGAAAACCCAAACGCACCACCCACUUAUGACACCCAACCUGGAUAUGUUGGCGUUGGAGGGACCCAGCAGACGAUGGUGAUGACUGCCCCUGCAGGUGGUACUGUGAUCAUAAACCAGGCCGCUGAGUCUCGACCGUCCAGUUACCUGGGCUUCUCCAUCUUUGUCAUGUUGUGCUGCAACUUAUUAUUCGGAAUCAUUGCUCUUAUUUUCUCGGUUAUGUCAAGCAGCGCUGCAGACGAUAACGACUUCGCCUCGGCGAGGACCAAGGGCAAGGUCGCCCUCGGUCUGAACAUUACGGGCAUGCUUGUGACUGUUCUCAUUGUCGUCGUGGUCGUGGCUCUCGUUGUUUCCAACCCAUUGCUGCUGUUGAUGGGAUGAGCCCAUUCAAACUUACCGGGAAAAAAGAAAAAA